UGAUCAAGUUGCGAGUUCUCGACUGUUGCUGCUUUAGAACUUCUAGGCAGAUGUCUGGCAAGAGGUAGGUCCACUGGCCCGUACGCAUCCUGCUGAAAAACCACACCACAAACUACUGCCUGAAGCUUCACCAGGACAGCAUGAAACCCAACAAUUCCACCACCGAGCUGUGGUCGCAUAUCACCUACAUCACUGUGGAGGUUGUCAUUGGUCUCUGUGCUGUAGUGGGCAACAUGCUGGUCAUCUGGGUGGUCAAACUGAACCCCAGUCUGAGGACAACCACCUUCUAUUUCAUCGUCUCCCUAGCACUGGCUGACAUUGCUGUCGGGGUGCUGGUCAUCCCGUUGGCGAUUGUUAUCAGCCUGGAGGUGGAGAUGCACUUCUAUGCCUGCCUUUUCAUGUCCUGUGUGCUUCUGAUCUUCACCCACGCCUCCAUCAUGUCCUUGCUGGCCAUUGCUGUAGACCGAUACCUGCGAGUCAAGCUGACAGUCAGGGCUCCUGAGAUCCUCCCUAUCAGUCCAGCCACCAUGGAGCUCUUGGUUCUGCUGUCCGUGGCUCUCUUUUCAGAUGCCAUGGUCAUGGACGAAAAGGUGACGUCAGGCGUUGAGCUGGAUACAGCUUCUGCUACCUGUAACUAUGACGCCCACUACAAGGACCACACCAAGUACUGGUGCCGGGGCUAUUUCAGGGACUCGUGCCAUAUUAUGGCCUUCACCCCUAACAGCACCAGCCGUGUGGCCCUGAGGGACACAGGAAGCCAACUCAUCAUCACUGUAUCCUGCCUGGUCAAGGAAGACACAGGCUGGUACUGGUGUGGGAUCCAGCGGGACUUUGCCCGAGAUGACAUGGAUUUUACACAGCUCAUCGUGACUGACAAAAGAGAAGGCCACCACGCCGAUGGCUUUUCAACUGACCCUUCAGGCAACAGGACCCGGAGCUGUAGAGCUUCAAAAGCUUUCCAAAAGGGAGAGGGCUACAGAAUGUCCAUUCUGAUCAUUUGCAUACUGAUUACCGGGUUGGGAAUCAUCUUUAUAACCAGUCAUUUGUCCAGGGGAAGGAGGAGCCAAAGGACUAGAGGAGUUACUGGCAAAAGUGUCACUAGAAACCCCCAAGCAAGCCAAACUCCGUCUGUGGUCUCCAUACACUUGGUAAGUUCCCUCCUUAAUUCUUCAGUGCUGAGUUCUCACCCCCCUCAGAACCCUGUCUUUAGCUCUCCCCUCUCAUAGAGAGAGGGCGGUAACUGUCUGUCUUUG